AUGAAUCAAAUUAAAUGUGAGAAAUGCUAAAUUGUUCCUGAAAAAUUUGUUUGCUUAGAUUGUGAACAUUCCUUUUGUUUAUCAUGUUUAGCAAAAUUGUUUAAAUAAGUAAAUAACCUUUAUAAUUAAUUGAUAGCAUGAAAAUUAAAUUGAAUGUGUUACAUGUUUUGACAUAACUAUAUUAGAUGAUGAAACUAUUAAUGCUUUAAUUGAAGUUAAAUUACAAUCAAUUUAACCUCCAGUUAUCAUACCUUAUACUACAUCUAAAAAAUAAAAUAAUCAAAAAGAUUAAAUUUAAAUUAAAGGUCAUCCAUUUAUUGAGAAACUAAAUGUUUCUAUUGAAAAAUGUUUUGACAACAUUCGGGUUAUUUAAUUUGAUAGACAAAAGAUAAGAGAAAUUUCAAAUAAAAUUAAAUAGGAUCUUGAAUCAGAAUUUAAAUCUUUGCAUUUAUAUCUGGAUGAUAAAUUUGAAGCAUUUAUGAAUGAGAUCUCAAGAUUUGAAACUCUAAAUUUUACUAAUUUAUAAUAAUAAGAAGAUGGAUUCUAAAUAGAUAUAAAAGAAAUGCAAAUAAUAAAGGAUGAAAUAAAAAGUUUAUUAUAAUAGCAAAGCGGAAUUUAAAAUGAUAUUGAACAAUUUAAAAUCAUAUUGAAGGAGAUUGAUGAAAUUACAAUCAAAACAAAUUAAUAAUAUUAAAGUCAUCUUAAACAAUUAUAAGAUGAAAUAUAUAAACUACCUCCUUAAUGGACAGAUUUUUCGAAUGCUUAUAAAUAAUUUUUCAAAACCUUCAAUACAGGAAAAUUAUCAUAAGUUAUAUAACAUAAAAAUAAUAUUGAAGAUAUAGAGAAUGAAUUAGAAAAAGAAUCAAGCAGACUUUUUAAAUAAACAUAAUUUAUAACAGCAAAUCGAUUAGAAAAAAUUCAUUAAUCAUUAGCUAAGUAAAUUUAAUAAUUAUUUAAGUUAAAUUUCUAAUACAAAUGUCAAACCUAUUAAAGUAUCUCAUAAAUCUCAUUUAUCUCUAUGUUCUCCUCCUAGAAAUAGUUUUCUUUAAGAUGAACAUUAAAUUCAAAGGAAAUCAAGUCGAGUUGAACUAGUUAGUAAAUUAUAAAGUACAGCUGAAACCAGAGUCAAUUCAAUGAAUAGAAGAAAACAAAUAAAUAUAAUACCAAAUUUAAAUUUGGGAGGAAUCUCUUUUAUCAAAUGA